AUGGUCCAAAUUGUGCCUUUGAAUGCUCUUGUCAAAAUAGUGCCGAGUGCAAUGCCAAAGAUGGUUCUUGCAUCUGUCCCCCUGGAUUUUAUGGAGCGAGUUGUAGCGAAGGUAGGCUUAACUCCUCACUGUCAGAUUGUAAUCGCAAAAUCAAAAGCUCAUUUAAAAGUUCGAGUUUGCCCCUCUGGUCGCUACGGUACGGAUUGUAUGAAACUCUGUGAUUGUCAAAAUGGAGCAAUCUGCAGUCCGGUGGAUGGUAAAUGCGAAUGCCGACCUGGAUGGAUGGGUGAAAAUUGCGAAAAACCUUGUGAGCAAGGUUUUUACGGAAAGGACUGUUUGAAACGCUGCGAUUGUGCGGAUAGUAUGCACUGCGAUCCAUCAGAUGGCGAAUGUAUCUGUCCACCUGGAAAAAGAGGAGCCAAGUGCGACCAA